GCGACAGCUGCACGGUGGCACGACAAGAUGAAAACAACCGCGGUAGUUGUACGAUAGCUGCGCCGGGCAAGCAGCCCGCCAGCUCCUCAUCUUCGGCAAACGUUACAGAACCGGUGCUCAACGAACAGAAGUUCGAGCACCUGAUGCACCUGCUGCAGCGUUGCUUGGUUCGGGACACCGGAGCGCGCAUUACGGCUUCCGAGCUGGAGUGGGACCUUCGCGUAUUAGAGGCGAUCUCGUGCGCAACUGCGACCAGCUUGUACAGGCACUUUCGGUUUCAGAGGGCCGCCAUCCGUCCGAUUCCCG